AUGUCCAGCGACGUCAUUACCAUCAAAUCGCAAACCAAAUGCUUUUCGGGUCUCGUUCUUGAAUGCACUCACACGAGUCAACUUCUCGGAUGCUCUAUGAAUGUACACAUCUUUCGUCCUCCACAAACUCUUCAAGCAGGACAAAAAGCUCCAGUCUUGUUCUUUCUUUCGGGAUUAACUUGUACCGAUACUAAUUUCAUCUUUAAGGCCGGAGCGAUGGCUUUUGCUGCUGAACAUGGAAUUGCGUUGGUGUGUCCUGAUACUUCUCCGAGAGGAGAGGAUGUGCCAAAGGGUGAUAGUUGGGAUUUUGGUCAAGGUGCAGGUUUCUAUCUCAAUGCUGUGCAAGAACCUUAUAACAAGCAUUACAAAAUGUAUGAUUAUAUUGUUCAUGAAUUGCCUUCAUUACUUAUUUCCCAUUUUGCUACUGGCGAUGAUGCAUGGCUCUUGUUGGAGAAUGAUAACAAAUUGAAACAAUCCAUUUUCGGUCACAGCAUGGGUGGUCUUGGUUCAUUGGUCAUCUACUUGAGAAAUUUGGAGUCAUAUCACAGUUGUUCAGUAUUUGCUCCAAUCAGUCACCCAAGCAAUCCUGAUUGCGCUUGGGGACAAAAGGCAUUCAAGGGCUAUUUGGGAGAUAGUGAGGAAGCACGUCAAAAUCUAUGGCCCCAAUACGAUCCAACACUUCUCAUUUCUAAGUUGCAAGUUGAGAAAUUGGAAGCAGCUGCCAAGCAAGUUGGCGUUCCUUUGACCUUGAGAAUGCAAGAAGGCUAUGACCACAGUUACUAUUUCAUUCAAACAUUUGUGAAGGAUCAUAUUGAACAUCAUGCCAAGUUCUUAAAGCAUUAA